AUGCUUUCUACCAACACUUCAAUUCCCGCUCUCGACGAUCCGCAGGCAUCUUCGCCUACAGCUGGUGUCGGCCUCGCCAAUGUCCGUCUCAAUCAAAGCCGCCGCCGGCUCCUGGACCUACUCAAUAAGCUUUUCAACACUGGUGUCCAAGCCGAUGUGGACAUCCCCCAGAUUGCUGUUAUCGGUGCCCAGAGCGCGGGGAAGUCCUCCCUGAUCGAGUCGAUCUCCGGCAUCACUUUGCCUCGCGCCGCAGGAACAUGUACUAGAUGCCCAACUGAAUGCAAGUUGAGCAGCUCGGCGACCACUUGGUCCUGUGUCGUAACAUUAAGGUUUACUACGGAUGUCAAUGGUCAGACUCUAGGCCAACCUCGUACCAUUGUCUUCGGCCCUGCCAUCACCGACAAAGGCGAUGUCGAAGAACGUAUUCGCCGAGCACAGAGGGCCAUUCUCAACCCAAGCACCUCAUACCAAACUUUCCUCAAUGGCGACGAUGAGGACUUGCCCAAAUCCGAACUGACAUUCUCCACCAAUUGCGUGACGCUGCAGAUAAGCGGUCCUGAUGUUGCCGACCUUUCGUUCUGUGAUCUUCCUGGUCUUAUUGCUAGCGUGGGCGCUGGAGGAAAUAGCAACGACAUCCAGCUCGUCGAAAGCUUGGUCACCUCCUACAUCUCCAAGCCCAGCUGUGUCAUCUUGUUGACCGUUGCCUGCGAGACCGAUUUCGAAAAUCAAGGCGCCCAUCAACUUGCCAAAAAGCAUGAUCCCCAUGGGAAGCGAUUGUCUGACCACGAAAACUCAGGUGUCCUUACGAAGCCCGAUCGUAUUCCUACUGGCGAGGAAGCUCGAUGGGUCAAGUUCAUCCAGAAUGAAAUCGAGCCACUCGAAAACAACUGGUUCUGUGUCAAGCAGCCUAGUUCGAACGAUCUCAAGCAAGGCGUCACUUGGGCCGACGCUCGCCAGCGCGAGAAUGAGUUUUUCUCCAUGACAGCGCCCUGGUCUGACCUCGAACCUAUGUAUCAGAAGUACCUUCGCACCGGCAAUUUGGUUGAGCGCGCGAGCGCCAUUCUUUCCGACCUGAUUUCAAAGAGGCUCCCCAUUAUCCAAAACGAACUUCAGAAGACUCUCCGUAAAACCGAAGAGUCGUUGUUGGAGCUACCUAAGGAACCGUCCGCCGAUGCGUUCAGCGAAGUCAUGGGCCUUCUUCAUACUUUCGCUGGGGAUAUCUCAUAUCAUGUUGCUGGCGUACCCCGUGAGGAUGGGUUGCUUCAGCUCAUCCGUCCCUAUCAGAUGGAUUUUCGCAGGGCGAUUCGUUCCACAGCGCCUCAAUUUGUACCAUUAGAAAGAUCUGCAGUGCGUUCUGGAGGCUUUGCAAUGGAGAAGCCGAAAUUUCUCGAACAAGAAGAAUCUUCGCUUACUUUGAUACGUAGGGCUCGCGCAAGAGAACUUCCCGAUAACUACCCUUUCGUGGUACGAUCGAGUUACAUCACGUCGAUCACCAAGAAGUGGCAAUUUCCCGCCCAAAUCCUGUGCAACCAGGUCUACAAUGUCUUGUUCAAGCAUGUGAAGUCCCUCAUCCAUGACCAUUUCGCGAGCUUCGGUCAAGGAAACCUCGAACAGCGCGUAGGGGUAAUCUUACAGAAUCACGUACAAGCGGCCUGUCAAAGGACGGAGGCUCGUAUCAAAUGGCUCAUUAGCCUCGAAGCUCACCCCUUCACACUCAACGAGCAUUAUUUGGCGGACUACAAGGACAAGUUCCUUUCCUUCUACAAAGCAGUCCGACAAUCGCAGCGGAGCCCUACUCUCUUGGCUCAUAUCAACAGAUAUGCCAUCGCCCCGCCGCAAAACGACUCCUUCGAUCGUACUCUUCAGCCGACCGGUAUUCCUAAGAUAUUAUCUGGACUUUCUGAGGUCGGUAUCACUGGCGUCAAGCCUGAAGAUAUCCCGAAGCUCCUCCCUCCUGAUACUAUGGAGCCCGCCCUCACCAUCAUGGCCGAAGUGCGGGCUUACUUUCAAGUGGCGUAUAAGCGCUUUGUAGAUAAUAUCCCUCUGGCCAUCGACCAGGAACUCAUCUUCGGCUUGGAACGCGACAUUCUCCCCACGCUUUACGCCGGGCUUGGCCUUAAUGGUGCCAAUGGUACGAGGAUCUGCCAGGAGCUUACCCAGGAAAGUCCACAGGUUGCCGGAAAGCGCGAGGAAUUGAAGAAGAAGAUGGAACGUCUGUCUGCAGCAAGUCGGGAGCUCCUUAGCAUCGGCCUCUAG